GUCUGACAAACAAAGCCCUUGAUAUCGCCAUAGCAGUCAUUUCUCUCGAAUCUAUCACAUCCGAGUCGAGAAGAAGAGUACCGAUCUGAGAAAAUCGCCGGAGCUAGGUUCUCGUUUAUCAUCAAUCUUUGAUCAAUGGCAAUGGCUGUUUUCCGUCGCGAAGGGAGGCGUCUCCUCCCUUCAAUCGCCGCUCGCCCAAUCGCUGCCAUCCGAUCUCCUCUCUCUUCUGACCAGGAGGAGGGACUUCUUGGAGUUCGGUCUAUCUCAACUCAAGUGGUGCGUAACCGCAUGAAGAGUGUAAAGAACAUCCAAAAGAUCACAAAGGCCAUGAAGAUGGUUGCUGCUUCCAAGCUAAGAGCAGUUCAAGGGAGAGCUGAGAACUCCCGUGGACUUUGGCAGCCAUUUACUGCACUUCUAGGAGAUAAUCCCAGCAUUGACGUAAAGAAGAGUGUUGUGGUCACUCUCUCUUCUGACAAGGGUCUUUGUGGUGGAAUCAAUUCCACUGUUGUUAAAGUGAGCAGGGCUCUGUACAAAUUGAAUUCUGGUCCUGAGAAGGAUGUUAAGUUUGUUAUUGUUGGAGAGAAAGCUAAGGCUAUAAUGUUUCGUGACUCAAAGAACGACAUCUCCCUUUCUGUAACAGAGCUGAACAAGAAUCCACUCAAUUAUGCUCAGGUCUCAGUUCUAGCUGAUGACAUCCUAAAAAACGUUGAGUUUGAUGCUUUGCGCAUUGUCUACAACAAAUUCCAUUCGGUUGUUGCAUUUUUACCGACUGUGGCCACUGUUUUGUCACCAGAGAUUAUUGAAAAGGAAUCUGAAGUUGGAGGAAAACUCGGUGAGCUUGACUCAUACGAGAUUGAAGGUGGUGAAACAAAGGGAGAAAUUCUGCAGAAUCUGGCCGAGUUCCAAUUCUCUUGUGUGAUGUUCAAUGCGGUGCUAGAGAACGCGUGUAGUGAGAUGGGAGCAAGAAUGUCUGCCAUGGACAGCUCAAGCAGGAAUGCAGGAGAAAUGCUUGACCGUCUCACCCUCACUUACAACAGGACUCGUCAAGCUUCUAUCACAACAGAGCUUAUCGAAAUUAUCUCUGGAGCUUCUGCACUUGAAGCCGCUAAAUAAACAAGUCUUUGUUGCUUCCUUAUUUGCUUUGAUUUGGCUUUGAUAUCUAUCCAUCUUGAAGGCGAAGAGUUCGUUUAAACUCCGAAGGGCUACAAAAUUAGUUUCCUUUGCUUGGCUUCUCUUGAAGGAGAAGAGUUCGUUUAAACUCCAAUCUUUGGUCAAAGAUUUUUUGUUAUAAUAAAUAUCCCUGUAACUUCCAGCAGGAAUACGAAUAAUUACAUUGACUUCCGGUUUGAUGAUUUUUGAUCAGCUAAACCAUAUCGUCAUGAUC